ACCACUCGAAUCGGGCAGAUAGACAUAAUCACCUAGGAAAUAGGCUUUUUAAGAGAUUUGAGCGGAUAGGAGAUCUCGAAGACCUCCGAAAAGCCAUCAAGCACAGCGAAGAAGCACAAGCUGCUACCCCUCAAGAUCACCCGGAUCAAGCAGAUAGACAUAACAGCCUAGGAGUUAUGCUUUUCAGUAGGUUCGAGCGCAUGGGAGACCUUGGAGACCUUCAAAAAGCCAUCAAGUGCGCUGAAGAGGCAGUAGCUGCUACCCCUCAUGAACACCCGUCUCGAGCGGGUAGACAUGAGAACCUGGGAAAUAUGCUGUCUAGGAGAUUUGAUCGGAUAGGAGACCUCGGAGACCUUCAAAAAGCUAUCAAUCACAACGAAGCGGCACUAGCUGCUACCCCUCAAGAUCACCCCGGUCGAGCGAGUAAACAUAGUCACCUGGGAAAUAUGCUUUUUAAGAGGUCUGAGCGGAUCGGAGACCUUGGCGGCCUUCAAAAAGCCGUCACGCACGCCGAAGAAGCACUAGCUGCUAGCCCCCAAGAUCACCCCCAGCGAUUGUCCAUACAUUGUAACCUAGGAUAUACGCUAUAUAAGAGGUUUGGGUGGAUAGGAGACCUCGGAGACCUUCAAAAAGCCAUCAAGCACAGCGAAGAGGCACUAGCUGCCACCCCCCAAGAUCACCCACUUCGAGCUGCAUUGCACAAUAACCUGGGAACUAUGCUGUCUACGAGGUUUGAGCGGAUAGGAGGCGUUGGAGACCUUCAAAAUGCCAUCAAGCACAUGGAAGAGGCACUAGCUGCUACCCCUCAGGAUCACCCUGAUCGUGCAGGCAUGUGCACUAUCCUAGGUAGCCUCUUCGAACCGAGAUUCCCAAGCCUAUACUCUGUCGGGGACCAUAAAAAAAGCCUGAGUCUAUACCACGAUGCAUACAAUUGCCACACCUCACCGCCCAGGGUGCGGGUUCAGGCAGCUAUCAGAGCAGCUUCUCUACUGUAUUCAGCUACAAAAUUUCCCGAAUCAAGUUCAAUACUUGAGGAUGCCGUGAACUUGAUGCCAAGUGCUGAUCUCCGAUUCCUAAACCGGGACGACCAACAGCACAUACUGGCGGAAUUUUCUGGGCUGGCGUCGGUUGCUGCUUCAAUGGCUCUUCAGGCUGGGAGAGAAGCCUAUCAUAGUCUUAAGUUGCUAGAGCUCGGACGUGGAAUAAUAAUGGGUCUCUCAAUCGAUGCAAGAUCUGAAGCUUCCGAUCUUAAAACCGACCACCCGCUCGUAUUCGCCCAAUUUGACAAUCUUCGGGUUGAGAUUGACUCUCCAAUAGAUCGUAUGAACUGUGCAAGUGAUGAUGCGUCAGAUCAACACCAAAGCCGUUCAAUAUCUAGACACUGGGAGGCUGUCAAUGAGAUGGAAGAUAUUCUAAAGCGCAUCCGCGGGUUACCUGGUUAUGACGGAUUCCUGCUCCCCCCUGCCCAGGACACGCUAAUGAAAAUGGCGGCAAAUGGUCCCAUCGUUGUCUUCAACAGCACUAUUUAUAGGAGCGAUGCCAUAAUUGUCACCACCUCAGCUAUAACUUCAUUAGAACUUCCGGCGUUAAGCUACGACGAAACAUUCAGCCGGAUGAAUCAAUUGGCUAGUUUUGGAGGAGGAUCCCCGAUUAAGCGAGGUCAGGAUACUAAAAGAAUGAAAGACCUCCUCCUUUGGUUAUGGGAUGCAGCAGUAGGACCUGUUUUUGACCACCUCGAAGGCAGCGGCGUCUUUAUUAGUGGUGGUCAUGAACCCAAUUUGAAGCGGAUUUGGUGGAUUGGGGUAAGGCAAUUAAGUAUGGCACCUUUCCAUGCGGCCGGCGACCAUUCGCCAGGGUCAACACGCAACACAUCCAGUCGAGCCAUCUCAACAUAUAUCCCGACAAUCAGAGCCCUCUCCUACGCAUGCGAAAAACAGGUUAAGCUUUUUGCGGAAUGUGACGCUUCUCUUUCGGUGGAAAUCCCCAAGGAAGCCAAAAUUCUGAGAAAACGGAAUCCCCGCCUACUUCUCAUUCCGAUGCCGGAAACACCAGGUGCAACGAAGCUACCGGGAGUCAGCGAAGAAGUUCUAAAUAUACUUGAUUCCUCAGCCAAAAGUUCAAUUGAAACCACACUGUUGAGCAGUCCAACUCCGGUCGAGGUCCUCGAGAGAAUUAAGCACCACGAAAUUGUCCACUUCGCCUGCCAUGGAGUGUCUUGUUCCAACCCCUCAGAUAGCCACCUGGUUCUGUUCAACCAGGAUAGGAUCAGUGCUGAUAAGCUCAUGGCUCGAGAUAUAUCCAAAUUGGUUACACAAAGUGCUCAGAUUGCGUACCUUUCCGCCUGCUCCUCAGCCAGAAACCCCUCCGCCGAUUUAGCAGAUGAAGUCAUACACCUAGCCAGCGCAUUCCAGCUCGCGGGGUUCAGCCACACAUUUGCAAACAUGUGGGAAACAGACGACCAAGCCUCAAGUGAAGUUGCGAGAGACUUCUACAACCUACUUUUACAAGAUCGAGGAAACGGUGAAGACGACCACCAGCGCAUCGCUAUCGCUUUUCACAAAGCUGUGAAGAAAGUUCGGGAUGCUAAGCCAGGC